AUGGCUGACCAAGAAGACUCCCCACUACACACAGUUGGCUUCGAUGCUAGAUUCCCUCAACAGAACCAAACCAAACAUUGCUGGCAAUCCUAUGUAGAUUAUCACAAAUGCGUCAAUAUGAAGGGUGAAGAUUUCGCCCCAUGUAAGGUCUUUUGGAAGACUUAUAAUGCCUUGUGUCCCCUAGAUUGGAUUGAAAAAUGGGAUGACCAAAGGGAAAAGGGCAUAUUUGCAGGUGAUAUCAACUCAAAUUAA